AGUUUCUAUCUUGGUACAUUUGACAAAAUGGGGUAAAAUGUGGAUUCAUAACAGGUUAAAGACUAUCCCUGGCGUGUUUUCGAGCACCUGGGCGAGGAGAAUGCUGGCUAUUCUGCUGGCCGUCAGUGUGGUCAUCUGGUACAUAGGGCCUUCUAUUUUCGAUAUGGGAAGACGAGCUUGGAACAAACCGGAUCUUCUCUCGAUCUGCUUAAACGACAAACUUGCACCAUGGCUUCAUGCUGCUCAGGAGUUGGAUGCAGUGGUUACACAGGGGAAGGAGAAGGCAGCUCAGCUUCCUUUCGUAGGGAACGGCAAGAUAGGGUUCGUACCUGGGGAGGGAUUGUACAUUGCUACCCCGGACAGGGACAAUCCGCAGUACUCAUCUCUCACAUUGAAGGUGCCCUAUGACCCCUCCAUACAGGUGGCUAUAGAAUCUCUCCCAACCAGAAAAGAGUCUUCUGUGUUAGACUACAAACAUGGCAUGUUCCAUAAAUAUACCUGCUACAAGAAGUCAGAAACUGAUUCGUUGUUGAUGGAGCUAAAGGUAGCUUCACAUCGCACAAAACCAAGCUUGCUAGUUCAGGAGCUUCGUGUGGAAAACCCGACAACGUCACCACUGCUGGUCAGUGUGAAGCAGUCCAGCUCUGUUGGUUCCGACUCCCUGUCACUACAGACCCUUACUGUCACAUUUGAUGAGAAGAACCCACCUAAAGAAUACAUCCUUCUGAGCGGUACCGUCACCAGUGUGGAUGGCAGGGUCAUCAUGCUUGCCAUGGCGACCCCGAAGGUUUCGGAGGUCCUGAAUGUUGAUGAGAAGAGUGCGUUCACCUUUACCUUUGUCACUGCUGUCCAUUACAGUGAGCCUGCACCAGUCAUGGACAAGGAGAAGUUGGAGGCAGUUAUCAGACUUGUGAAAGACGACAUUAAGGAGUAUUUUCUAGCUGGUCCAGAGAACAGCAACCUCUUAGUUCAACACAAAUCAGCCUGGAGUAAAGUCUGGGCAUCUGGACUUCAUGUUGAUCCCAGGAAGGUUCUGCACAUCCCCCAUCCUUCCAUUGUGAACUCCAGUAUGUACUAUGUCCUGUCCUCCGUCCAGGCACCCCUCCAUCUGGAUGGUAUCGACCCUGAGAAAAGGAAACAACUUGAACAGCAGUUACGGAAGCAGGAGAACUGUUUCUCUGGUCAUCCAACCACGCAUGCACGCAACUUGUGGCCGACCGUAAAACGGGAGUCGGAUAUUGCUGAGCUGUCCCACCUGUGGCAGCUGACCCUGUCUAAGAGAGGAUGUUCACCUCUCGUUGCAGCAGGGGCUGAUGGUAUGUUGGAGGCAAUGAUCCUCAGUUUCGGAGGGUUACAAAUCACCCGCGACCAUCUGGCCUUCAAUGGCGAUCCUGACAUCCUUCGCAGCAACAUCGCCUUCCAUGACAUCCGGUACAACAACAGUCGCAUCAACCUGACUAUUCUGAUGGAGGAUGAUGGCCAGGCAACUAUGCAUGUUUCUGUGGACAGUGUGAAUAAUGCUGUGCUGUAUGCAUGUGAAGCAGGAUGUCUUAGUGAACCUGUUUCCCUAACUACAACAAUUACUGAGUUCUCAGUGAAAGUGACCAAGCCGUUAACAUCCUUGCUGUACAUAGCACCCAGUAGACGUCAUCUUCUUGACAUUAAGAGAACCAUUCACGUGAAAGAAGUUAUAACACAUCUUGAUCAUCUUGAAAAGUUGUCAGGUCCAACGACAGGCUUGCCUCCAGUUUUCUGGGUCAGCAUUGCUUUUCUCAUUGGACUAUUCCACCUCUUUUUGAUUAAACUGAUCUAUAAUGAAGUAUGUGGUGCUGGUGCAGCUCGGAGCAGUACUAAAUAUAGUGCAUAGGACAGGCUGGUCAUAUUCAUGAGAUUACUCACCAAGUAAAACACAAGAUGGUUAGAUGUUGGAAAGGUACAAUUUCUUACUAAUGGUAGACCAAUGGAUAUUUUUCCUAUUAUCCCUGAUUUAAGAAAAGUUGAACCAAAAAAUGCAGGUGUCUGCAACAUUUUCAGCAUAAGAAAUGAGAAUUCAUCACUUGGUUGUUGUUUCACAUGUACAUGUACAUCUCAUUUCCUCAAAGUCUAUGAUAAAAGGAAGACUUCUGAGGUUUAGCAAGUCAAAACAAAUGUAGAUGAAAUGUAAAGAUUCAAGAUACAGUUCCUGCUUCAUAAGAUCUAAUGUAAUUACAGUAAUGCCAAAGGCACACACGGCGUUAUUACAAUUGUGCUGACAUUUUGGGCAGCACCAGAUGUCAAUUAAGGUUGGCUUAUUUGAGCUAAUCCACACCUGGACUUGAUUAGGUGUUGACAGUAACAAUGACCGUUAUAGUCGUAAAAUCAACGCUUUGACUGCAGGGAGUGGGGUAGACUUACGCUAAUUCAGUCUUUGAUGUCUCUAGGAGGUUGUGUUCCCCUCGAUAUAAAUGCAUGUGUUUUGUUGUUCAAGCAUGUUCUUUAGAUGCCUGUUAAAAUUCAGCCAUCAAAACUCACCACUCUCUGGCAACUAGCGAUGGAACUUGGUGAGUUUGAGCCUGCCAUGGUUAGGGCAUGCACACACACACGCAUGCACGCACACACACACACACGUGUUAAGUAAUUUAAAUCAUCAUGUUGAAGGUUACAUUGGCAACAAGUUGCACAAAUCUUUUGUCUUGUUUGCUCAUCCACCUGUUUGUUGUUGUGCCACACCUGGUUGUCAGGAGACAGAGUUAAGACCCACCAGCCAGUCAGACAUGUGCAAUGUCACUAUGUCAUGCAUCAUUUGCAAAUUGGAUUUUUUUGCAAAUUGAAUUUGCGUCUGUAAACAAGACCAUCACUUUUUUCACAGCAGGUGAAAAAGAUUGGUUGUUUACAAAGGACAUUGGUAACCAGAUUCUGCAUGUACUUCUGAAGUUGUAUGCAUGGCAUGGGUGAGGAAGGGACUGAAACUGGACCAAGGUUCUUUAGCAUGUUGGAUCAGUGGUAAACUUAAAUAAAUUUCAACGCACCAGUGCAGCUUCUGUGUACAAUUAUAGUGUACUAGUAUGUAGUACUGAGAUGAGAUUUAUUUCUGCCAUAGAAUGCUCCUUUUUAUUCCUUUGUUUUUUUUUUUUAUAUUCCAUUCAAAAACCGAUAAACUAAUGAUAAUUUGUGUGGUCAUUUUUUGGAUCAUCAUGAUCACGUCUACCAAAAUGUGCAUCCAGUUGUGUGACCUAGCUAGCCUAUUGCUGAUUGCAGUCUUAUAUGCUCAAUGCCCAAAAGAAACAUUAAUGAAUUACUCAAUGAUAAAAAUGACAAGUGAGUCAGAUAAUAUAUUGCAGACACAGGGUAAGACAAUACCAAGAUGAUCGAAAAGUUAUUGUCCUUUGUGAUGCAAAUUGGUGUCCCAUGUACUGUAGAGUUCUACCCAGAGUCCUGUAUUUGAUGUGUACUCCCUCUUCACCUCCAUAACACCAAAGAGAGAAGUUGCCGUCGUAAAGGAGUUUCUCUGACACUUCUUUGGGAGAGAGAACCAGCCUAUCUUGUGCACAAAUCUGUGAACACUUAGAGCUCCGCCUAGGAUGCACUAAGAUUAUACUUCCUCUACAAUGGACAGUACUACCAACAGUUGCAUGCAUAUGGCUACGCUUUGGCUUCACCAAUAUCCCUGGUAGUUGUCAACAUAUACAUGAAGAAAUUUCUUUAUUGGACCAACGAAUGGUUCAAUGAAUGGACCAUUUAACCUAGCCCUUCCAAAAACCCUUCCAAAUGACCUCUCUCACGGCCCAUUUUCAAGACUUAGACAAUGCCAGGUACAUUUUCCCUGAGUUUAGAACAUCUCUUCUAGGUGUGUUACUGUUUGUGGUCCAGCGUAGUAGAUCUACACUCUUUACUCACUAUGUUUAUCGUAAAUAUAUCACAAAUUGCACAAAAAGAAAUUUAAUUUGUCUUUAAGAAUGAUACACAAUUUUAUUUCGUUGUAUGCCAAAAAGUUUUACAAAACAUGUAUAUUGUGGCAAUAAUUCAUCUGGCAUAGAUUAUGUUAUGUUAAUGCCAGAAAUUGCACAAAAAGAAAUUUAACGAUGAAAACGGUAGCCAUUUUAUUGCAAACCUGUAUUGGUUUUGUUGGCAUCUUAGAGCACCUACAUAUUGUUACAAGUUUGCGAUAUUGGUUUUGAUAGCAUCAUUGUUACAGGUUUGCGAUAGAAAACCUGUAUUGGUUUCGUUAGGGUCCAUUUUGUCUCAAGGGUGUGUUGCAUUUGUCCCAAGGGAGCAUUGUAUGAUGGUAAGAGGUGUCGCAAUUUUCACGUGUUAAUGACUGACUGACUUCAGCACUUUCUAAUAACUAGGAAAAACCUUUCACACAGGCAAACCUUGGCAAAAUACCAGCUUUUUUUUAAAAGCACUUGUUUAUCCAGAUGUAGACAUUGAAUUGUAUUUGAGCACCAUAUAGCAACUGUUAACUUCUGGAAAAAUCUCCAGUUGUAAAUAUUGAAUUGUAUACCUACCGUACCUAGAUGUCUACCCUACAUAAACAAGUCUAGGCUCUACCUUUCAUAGCAAGGUAACAUUCUUGGUGUGUGGGAGCUACUAUUUAUGGUAACGGUGGAUGAAAGCAACUUGCACGGGUGCAAUUUUGAUCUGAAAUUACUUGCACGACACCAAUUCUACAUGCACAAACUUGCAUUAUGCAUGUGGUAUUCAGAGCCCUGCAAACAGGAUUAUUGUACAUAUUAUGAAUAUGUUUUUUUCAUGUGAUAUGUUGAUAUUGUAUGUUUUGGUCCAAUAAAAAGAAUGGUGUUUUUGUA